CGGAAGCGGGAGAAGUCUGGAGAAAAGGGAAAAAAGUUCCGGGCUGCAGGACCAUGAGUCGGAUUUACCAGAACUCGUCGCUCCGGAACAAACCGGUGCACAGCGAGACGUUCGGCGGCGUCUGGUCUCCUCGCGCUUAUGAGAGCGGUCCCGGAGUUCUGCUGGAAGGAAAACUUCUGGACGUUUCCAGACAUUCAGUCUGUGACUCCAACAAUGAAAAGGCCCGGUUCUACGUUCUCUACGUCAGGCCCGGACGGAUCCACCAGAGGAGGUUCGAUCCCAGCGGGAACGAGGUGGAACCCAACUUCAGCGACACCAGGAAGGUCAACACGGGACACCUGAUGUCCUCCUACAAGGCAGAGCCUAAAGGGGAGACGGACCGCCUCUCUGAGGACCAGCUCUCGGUCCUGGUGAACAAGGCGGAGCUUGUGAGGAUUACCGACAGGCUCCGCCCCCCAGGGUCUUGGGCCUUCUGGAUCCCCGAGGCCCACAUGGACCAGAUGGAGCUGGAACCUGGACAGGAAGUCCGCCUGAAGACCAGAGGAGACAGUCCCUUCAUAUUCUCUCUGGCCAAGGUGGACGGCGGCACAGUGACCCGCUGCAACUUCGCCGGAGAUGAAAAGGUUGGAGCGUCGUGGACGGACAAGAUCCUGGCCAACAAGACGGGAGGAGGAGGAGGAGGAGGAAGAGCAGCAGCAGCAGGAGACGGGGCGGAGGAGGACGAGUGGGAUGAUUGAGGCUGCAGGUCUGACUCCCAUGGAGGCCUCAAGACCCGGAGCAGGACCAGAACCCAGUUCCCUGGUUCCCCGGUUCCCCCUUGCAGACCUCCGGGACCCGGUUCUCCGGUUCCCCUUGCAGAUCUCCAGACUCCACUGUCUUUUGUCUUCUUUUCUCUUUUUUUGCUGCUUUUCAUUACAGACCUGAGACGUUCUGUUUGUUCCGCUUCAAUAAAACUUGUUCUC